GGAUUCAUAAGCCACUGGAGCCUACUGACAAGGGAAGAAAAUGCAGCUUAAACCAUUGAAAUCAUCAGCAACACCUAGCAUCUCCAUUCCUUAUUAAUUGUCCUUCUCUGGGCUUCACUGCUAUAAAACACUUUUUUUUCUCGUUUCCCUUUGGCUCACACAGCAUAAACUCCUACCAAGGUUCUCUCGUUCACUCCUCUCUCUCUCAUCGUACGUGCAUCCAUCUCUCAACACCAAAUUACUACUUGCUUCUCUUAUUACUCUCCCCAAUAUUGCCUCUUGUACUUUUUAUGCUGAUUGCCCUUGAACCCUUCAAGUUUCGACACACAUUGUUCACUCUCACAAUAUUUGCAUGCAACAGAUCUCAAUUAUUCACCAAUCAAAACCACUUGCACAUUUUUUAGUUGAACACAAUAAUUUCAUCUAUCACUCCCGUUUUAGCCCCCACUUGAAUACUACACAGCUAGGGUUUACUUUCCUCAUUUAAGCUGCAAUGGAUCCAAUUGAAUUUGCGUGGUGAUGGUAAUAGCAGCCUCUAGCUCCUCCGGUGAGGGAAGGUGCAAGCAAUAAAGGUUUAAUUUUUUGUUUUGGGAGUUGGGCCCAGCACUCACAUGGACGCAGCAACGGCUUUAAUGAUCCUAUCAGCAAUAGCGGCCUAUUUAAUAUGGUUCACCUUGGUCACUCGCUCCCUCAAAGGUCCACGUGUCUGGCCCCUAUUGGGCAGCCUCCCUGGCCUCAUCCAACACGCCAACCGCAUGCACGACUGGAUCGCUGACAACCUCCGCGCGUGCGGCGGCACGUACCAGACCUGCAUCUGCGCCCUCCCCUUCCUCGCCCGAAAACAGUGCCUGGUGACUGUCACGUGCGACCCCAAAAACCUCGAGCACAUCCUCAAGCUUCGCUUCGACAACUACCCAAAAGGCCCCACGUGGCAGUCCGCCUUCCACGAUUUGCUCGGCGAAGGCAUCUUCAACUCCGACGGCGACACGUGGCUCUUCCAGCGUAAGACUGCCGCACUGGAAUUCACCACUCGCACCCUGCGCCAAGCCAUGGCGCGCUGGGUGAACCGAGCCAUAAAGCACAGGUUCUGCCCCAUCCUAGCCACGGCUCAGAAAGAAAACCAAUCAGUGGAUCUUCAAGACCUCUUGCUUCGGCUCACUUUUGACAACAUAUGCGGCUUGGCUUUCGGCCAAGACCCGCAAACCCUAGCCGCGGGGCUUCCAGAUAACGCUUUCGCUCUCUCCUUCGACCGAGCCACUGAAGCCACUCUACAACGCUUUAUUCUGCCGGAGAUCUUGUGGAAGCUGAAGCGAUGGCUCAGGCUCGGAAUGGAAGUGAGCCUGAGCCGGAGCCUCAAACACAUCGACCAGUACCUCUCCCACAUCAUCAAGAACCGCAAGCUGGAGCUGCUGAAUGGUAAUGGGUCCCACCACCACGACGACCUCUUGUCCCGCUUCAUGAGGAAGAAAGAAUCCUACUCGGAGGAGUUCCUCCAACACGUGGCACUCAACUUCAUCCUCGCUGGGCGCGACACGUCAUCGGUCGCGCUCAGCUGGUUCUUCUGGCUCUGCGUCAAGAACCCGCGCGUGGAGGAAAACAUCCUAAACGAACUCUGUACUGUUCUUCUGUCCACGCGUGGAGAUAACAUCUCCACGUGGCUGAACGAGCCUCUUGUGUUCGAUGAGGUAGACCGUUUGGUCUACCUCAAGGCAGCAUUGUCUGAGACACUGCGGCUUUAUCCCUCCGUGCCGGAGGACUCCAAACAUGUUGUGAAGGAUGAUGUUUUGCCUAAUGGAACCUUCGUUCCGGCAGGUUCCGCGGUGACCUAUUCAAUUUACUCUGUUGGGAGGAUGAAGUUCAUUUGGGGAGAGGACUGCCUCGAGUUCAAGCCUGAGCGGUGGCUCUCUCCUGAAGGGGACAAAAUUCAGGUGCAAGACUCUUACAAGUUUGUUUCGUUCAAUGCGGGACCUAGGCUUUGUUUGGGGAAGGACUUGGCUUACUUGCAGAUGAAGUCAAUCGCCGCCGCGGUGCUCCUGCGCCACCGCCUCGCUGUCGCGCCGGGCCACCGCGUCGAGCAGAAGAUGUCACUCACACUGUUCAUGAAGUACGGUCUCAAGGUGAAUGUGUACCCAAGGGAUCUCAAACCCGUGCUGGAAAAAUUAACCACCAUCAAGAGUGUUACUGUUGGUCAAAAGUGAUUUUGAUUUGGUUAAUUAAAACAGAUAGAUACAUCAUCGGUUUAAAUAAAGAAAUAAUUAUAAGAAUUUUAUAUAUUACUUAAUAUAGAAUGAUGGUGUAUCAUUUCACUUGUGUUAGUUUAAUUUACGCUGGCUGUAUAGAUGAAAUUUCCCUUUACUCACAAGUUUCUCAUUUGAUGAUGAAUACUAUAUAUGUUUUGCAUGUAAACAUUUUGAUGAUUAAAAAGUAAUGCUGCUGCAGUUCUGAAAGCUAUAUUUGUGCUGUAAUUUAUCAUGGCACGGGAACUA